ACAUGUAUUCUCUUUUCUUACACUAUGUAUCCUUGUCACAUGAAUCAAUUAUUUCUUUCACUAUAUGUUUUUACACAAAAUAUUAUUUUUUUUAAAUUAAAAAAAUAAGCAAAUGCUCAUUUUUCUUAAUUUUUUCUUUGUCAAGAAUGGUAGGCGCCGACGCGUUUGUUCACCACUACAUAAAUUGCUUGUGUGUUUCCAGAUAAACUCAUGCCUAGUUGAGACAAAAAAAACAACAAAAGAAAAAAAAGAACAUAUAAUGAGUAUUUCAGUAAUUAAGAUGAAUAUCAUCUCGUUUGUUAUGGUGAUCAUCUUGGUCCAUGGUUUGGCACUGGACACCAGCAGCAGGAGCAGGAAUGUGAAGAAGGUGAGCUACGGUGGUGGCGGCAGCGUGGAAGCGGCGGCAGAGGGUGGGGUGGUGGUGGAGACCGCCGGGAGACCAUAUGAAUAUGAGCAAUCAUUAAGAGCAGGAGGAAUAUGGUUACCAUCUCCCAUGCCCAACCGCUCAGGUCAUAUGGUUGUUCCAUCACCGCCACCUAUUCUCUAUCGCGUCACCGCGGCGGCAAAGCAGCUCCGGCCAUCACCGCCGCCUACUCUGUAUUUAGUUGUAGUAUGUAAAUCUUGAAGAAAUAAUCCAGAGAAGCAUGGAGAAGGCUUCAUUUCGUCAGCUGUUGGUCUUAGGAAAAAAAUUAUUAAGAAAUUUUGGAUAAUUAU